AUGGGAAGCUAUGGCAUAGUGCCCAGUGAUACUUUUGAUCUAUAUUCUCAAUUGGACGCACUCAAAAAAGGCUAUCCGCACUUCUACGACUGUCUAGAUCUAUCUCGGAUAGCUACAUGGCAGCAAGACUCGAAAUUGCUCGACAAUGAAACUGACGACUUCGGUCCAAACGAAGUAGGUGGCCGCGGCACCCACUACAUCACAGCAAUGACAUCCAACGUCAACGCCCGGGCCAUCGGCAUCGCCAAGCUCAUCGGCAUGAUGAGAGACAAGGGCACCACCAGAAGUCGCCGAAUUAUCCUUGAUCUGCUCGGCGGUGAUGGACUGAUUUGCAAGAUUGCCGCACAACUCGGCAUGUCGGAAAUCGACAUACUCACCUGCGAUAUCUCCAAGCAUAUGGUAAAGGCUGCCUGGGAUACAGGUGUACCAGCGGUCCGGCAACGCGCGGAGCAUCUCCUGUGCAAGGACGCGUCUGUUGACGGGGUGCUUCUCGCGUAUGGGACGCAUCAUAUCGAUCCCUCCAGCCGCUUGAAUGCCACCAAGGAAGCAUAUCGAGCGCUUCGUCCCGGAGGACUCUUUGUGCUACACGAUUUUGAAGUUGGCGGCCCCAUGGACGUGUGGUUCGACGACGUGGUUGACAAAUAUUCCACGACUGGCCAUCCGUUCCGACAUUUCACCCGGGAUGAGAUGCAGAAGUACUUCAUCGGUGCAGGUUUCCAGAAUUUCCAGAUUUUCGAAAUGCUCGAUCCCUAUUCCGCGAUAGCAGAAUCCCCGGAGAAAGCGGAUCUAGCAAUGGGAGCUUAUUUAGUGAAUAUGUAUGGUCUGACCAAGUUGGAGGAAGCAAAGGGACAAGAGGAUGCCGCUCGAUGGGCUUUGGAGAAAGCCCGGGAAGUUUUUGGCAAGUCUUCCGAAAUUUCGGGUCCGGAGUAUGAUGAAUCAGAGGAAAAGUGGAGGACCAUAGUUCCACGUAUGGCGCUCGUUGGUGUUGCUACCCGUUAG